AUGUGUGACAGCGACGACCCCAACGACCAAAGUCGAUCCGGUAUGGAUUUGACUGGUUUUUUGUUUGGAAACAUCGAUGAGACUGGUCAAUUGGAAGAUGAUGAAUUACUUGAUGGUGAUUCUAAGCGUAUGUUAUCUUCUCUUAAUCGCUUGGGACUUGGAUCAAUGUUAUCUGAAGUUCUAGAUCAAGAAGAACCAAUUAAAGAAGAUGUUGAAAACGAUUACAGUGAAAAAAGUCCAUCAGCUGUAGACUUCUUUGAUAUUGAUGAUGUUGCGGAUGAAGAAAAGGGUAUUGAAACAAAUGUAAAUUCUGACAUUAAUGCAGUACCAGAGCAACAUGAAAAUCAAACUUCAUUUAACAAUGAAACUAUUGAGGAAGCUUUAGAUACUAAAAGUGGUUGUCCACAGAAUGAUGGAAAAGAAACAGGUGAGGAAAAUUGGAAAGAUAAUGGUGAUGAAGAACGCAGGAAUAAUGAUGAGGGAUAUGAAGGAGACAUGGAAGGUGAUGGAGAACUUAUGCCACCUCCAUCAACUGUUCCUAAACAAAAGUCAGACAAGCCUAAGAAGUUGGAAACUCCAUUAGCUGCUAUGCUUCCAUCUAAAUAUGCAAAUGUGGAUGUAACUGAAUUAUUUCCUGACUUUAGACCUGAUAAGGUUUUGCUAUUUUCUCGUUUAUUUGGACCGGGUAAAUUAUCGAGUCUCCCUCAAAUAUGGCGCGGUGUAAAGAAACGAAGACGUCGCAAACGUAGCGGCAGUACAAGUAGCGAUACUCCACCACAGCCUUCUGAGCAACAUGAAGUCCAAUAUGCAAGUGAUGAUGAAGAGAAAUUUCUAAAACCAAUGGAAGAAAGUCCUCAAACAUCCCAACAAGAAGCAAACACUCAAUCUGCUGGAGAUAAAUCACAGAGACCAACCCCGGCCCACUGGCGGUUCGGACCAGCUCAGGCUUGGUACGACAUGUUGAAUGUGCCAGAAACUGGAGAUGGAUUUGACUAUGGAUUCAAACUGAAGGCGCCAUCGCCAGAUCGCGAAGAAAAAUCGAAAGAAAAGUCAGUUGUUGAAGGUCCUGUUUCUGAAAAUGAAGCAAAUGAGGACAGUCCAGAUAGUGGAUUUCCGGAUGAUGCUUUUCUUAUGGUUUCACAAUUGCAAUGGGAAGACGAUGUUAUAUGGGAUGGAAGCGAGAUAAAACACAAGGUGCUAGCUCGUUUGAACAGCAAGAGCAACGCAGCGGGCUGGGUGCCCACCUCGGUCAGUCGCACCGCGCAGCAGUUCUCGCACCCGCGGCCCCAGGCCCCUGCACCACUACAGCAAAAACCUCCCACAUCAGCAGCCACAACGCCAAACAACGCGACAUCAGCAGAAGGGGAAGAUAACACUUGGUACAGCAUCUUUCCAGUAGAAAACGAGGAGCUAGUAUACGGGACAUGGGAGGAAGAGGUCAUAUGGGAUGCUGAGAACAUGCCGCAGAUACCAAAACCCAAGAUAUUGACUUUGGAUCCCAAUGAUGAGAAUAUUAUACUUGGUAUACCAGAUGAUGUGGACCCAUCUAAGAUUACUAGAGAAAGAGGACCAGCACCAAAAGUGAAAAUUCCACAUCCACACGUGAAAAAAUCCAAGAUAUUGUUGGGCAAAGCGGGCGUCAUCAACGUGCUGCAGGAGGACGCUCCGCCGCCGCCGCCCAAGUCGCCGGACCGGGAUCCAUUCAAUAUAUCGAAUGAUGUUUACUACCAGCCGAAAUCCCAAAACCCACGUCUAAAAGUGGGCGGCGGUCAGCUCAUACAACACAGCACGCCGGUGGUGGAGCUGCGCGCGCCCUUCAUCCAGACGCACAUGGGCCCGGCGCGGCUGCGCGCCUUCCACCGCCCGGCGCUGCGCAAGCUGGCGUACGGCGCGCUGGCGGCGCCCGGCGCGCACCCCGUGCAGCCGCUGCUGAAGCAUAUUAAGAAGAAGGCUAAGGUAUGUUUGUUGAUUUUAUUGCUAUUGCGGUCUGAUUUUGACUGUUGU